CAUCACGUUGGAUUGGACUGUUCAAGUCAUUCGUUGUCUAACCGUCUACCGAACAAGUGUCGAUAAUUGGUAUCCAGACCCGCGUUGUGAACCAGACAAGCAAUUUCAUCAUGAAACACCUAAUUGUGGGAAUUGUUCUGGCUGCGGUCAGUUUCCAGACUAUCAGCGCUCUGCAGUGCAUGCAAGGGGUGGAAGUUAAGCAAUCGGGUAACCAAAAUGAAGCGCAACAGAAAGAGAAACCCCUCGAGGUUACGGAGUGUGGAGCUGCAACCGCAUUGGCCUCAACGGCAUUGCUGUUUGCAGUGAAGCCAAGCUCUAUCACUUUCCCAUCGGGUGACUACAAGUGCUACCAUCUGAAGUACGAUGAAAAGAACAGCGAAUCUUCGACUAUCAUCAAGGGCUGUAUCUACAAAUCGUUGAACGUCUGCGAUGGCAAGUUCUCGUCCGAUAAUAUCCGGGAAUCGUUCUGCAGCCAGUGCGAUAUGGAUGGUUGUAAUUCUGCAGGCCGUUAUGGAUUCGACCUGAAACUCCUAGGGCUGACCCUAGUUGCAGUGAUAGCUUAUUUGCUGAAGUAAAGAGAGGGAUGCUGAGUACGCAGUUCACCAUCUAGUUUUAUGUUUCAAUUUCAUCAAUGCUUUAGUGUGUAAGUGCGGGUGUUUGCAUCCAUGCUGGAGGGGCUGUAUGACAGACUCCCCAACGCGUUUAGUGUGGCUAUGUCGGAUGAUGAGCUAAGCGUUCAAAAAUAGCGUCUACAAGAGGGGACGCCAUGCGACAGACAGGACAGUAAGAAAGACAAAUCGGAAAAAGUUUUUGAUGGUGUGCCAGAGUUUUUUUUUAUGAUAAAUCGAUACCACAGAAUCCAACAAAGAACGACCAAUAGGAAAAGGAUAUACCAAAAUGUGCUUUGCAAUAGUCGUUAACUCAGGAAACGAUGAUUCCCAUAAACUAGAAUGCCUUUUGUUAAUUUUCACACAAACAUCUUAUACAUAAAGGAAAAUAUGUAGUUCUACCGGUGAUUCAUGCCUAUAUGAACAGUGUUCAUACACACAUUAAUAUUUGCUAGUUUUUUCGGCUUUCCAUGUCAAGGUGAAGAAUGAAAUAAAUGGCUAGGAGCCAAAUGAAAAAAAAA